AUGACGCUGGUUGUUGAUGAGGUUCAGGAGAACACAACUCCUAGCACCACUCCCACCAAUAACGAGGCCGAAAGCGAUAUCAGUGAAACCCCUGAAGAAAAGCCGAACUAUGCCCCUGUGGGCUCGAUCUGCGACGUGCAAAAUUUUUACGAGACAAAGCCCGACGAAAAUGACUGUACCUCGUGGUCCAAGGAGAUGCCGGACGACCUGCCUGUGGCGGUCGAGGACGCCGAGUCCGCGCAGUAUGCGCUCAUUGUGCGAAGGAAAAAGUGCUACGACGGACUCAAGAGCCUAUCUAUUCAUUCGAUUGUGGUGCAGAGCGAGCCUCUAAAGAAGUUCCUUGCAAAGGUGCUGGAUAACUAUCCCGGAAUCACGAUGACAUUGGACCGUGUCGAGUUUUCGAGUCCCUUUGUGCCCCUGGUUCAUCGAUGGGAAGACUUGUGCAAUUCUAGAGAUGAGGAGACGGAUGCGACUACGAAGGAGCAUGUUGAUUUGUUCCACAAGAUUCUUGAAGAGGAGCUUCGGGAUGUCAUUUCCCGCAAGAAGGAUCACAUCCAAAACGGUGUAAUCACCCACAGACUCCUUUGGACUAUUUUCGAGCCGGAGGAUGUUGUCAUCGCAAAGGUGGGAGGCCGGGAGAGCGGGUUUCGGUUUUCAGGGGGCUCUGUUGACUGCGAGUCCGGAUCGUAUGUGGUGACUAGCAAAUAUGUCGAAUUCGAUGGGGAUAGCUUUGGGUUCACGAAUAAGGAGUUCGAACUUCCUUACUUCGGAGGCACAAAAUCUAUCACUUCAUUGCCGAUGUUCCCGCUAAAGUACCAUCCCAACAAAGUCGCGAUUCGAAAGUCCUUGGUGGCUCGGGGAUGUCUAUGGGAACAGCACAAGGGAUGUCACUACAGACAGUACGAAGGCACUGCAAUUGGCCAUUUCCACAGUGAAGAGGUCAAAUACCACGUGAAGAGCCGUAUUAUGAUCGAUACCGACGGAUACAAUACCUUCCAUUCUAGCGAGACGAUCACUAUCGAUUCGACUAUUCAUGGUAAAUUAACCGAUGACCAUUUACUUGUCUCAUCGCCCAUGGUCCACGGAUACUCUCUGAAAGACAAAGAAUGGCUUCAGUUCUACCUUGACUGCGCAUCAGACAUCAUAUGGGACUCCAGUGCAUUCGAGUCCCUAGUCCUACCCGAGGACCAGAAGAACCUAAAGCAAUUGAUUCUCGCCUUUGCCAAGGCCCAAUCGAAGCAACUCGACAGAUUUGACGACGUAGUGCAGGGCAAGGGACGCGGUAUCAUCAUGCAACUCAGCGGUCCCCCCGGUGUGGGAAAGACCCUCACCGCGGAGAGUGUUGCGGAAGUGAUGAAGGUCCCGCUAUAUGUCAUGAGCGCUGGGGAUCUCGGAACCGAUGCCAGUGGCGUUGAAACUUGCCUGAAAAAGGUCCUUCGAAUGAUUCCAAAAUGGGGCGCUGUUCUUCUCCUUGACGAGGCCGACGUGUUCAUGGAAGCUCGUACUGCAACGGAUCUGCAGCGGAACGAGCUGGUAUCAAUUUUCCUCCGAAUGGUGGAAUACUACGAGGGCAUCCUAUUCCUUACCACCAACCGCGCGGAGAACAUCGACCCGGCAUUUGAGUCUCGGAUUCAUGUUUCGCUCGUAUACAAGGAACUCGAUAAGAAGUCCCGACAACAUAUUUGGUCUCAGUUCUUGGGUCAAAGCCUAUCGCACUUCACUGAAGAGCAACUUGACAGCAUGGCAGAUGUCGAGCUAAAUGGUCGACAGAUCAAGAACACGCUGAAAACAGCAAACCUUCUGGCCUGGGUGCAGGGUUCUAAUGUCAGAUAUGAGCAUGUUCGAACGGUGUUGGACCUACGGGCUUCGAAUUCUUGA